AUCGAGGAAAUUACUCUGCAUCUAGUACAGUUCAUCUAAGCCCAUCCUGGUUCGGGGAACGCAGAAACCACUUUGCUAUAAUUCUACACCACUCUCAAACUCGGACCAACUCGAUAAAAGCUCAGGGACAACUACCAACAAUAACAAUUGUUCCAUGCGGUAAACUUUUCUAUACGACAAAAUAGUCUGUCUGUCACGGCUGUGGCUACAAACAUGUCCACGCUGUCACCCCAGCUUGUUCAGGACGACUCGUCCACUGCAAUGAGCUUUCAUGAUGCCAAUCUCUCUGACCCCUAUCUGUGCGCCCCUGUGGAUCCUGACGAAGCUUCUUUCAAGUUGUCCGCCAUAAGGUUGACACCCACCAACGGGGAAGACCAUGACACCACGUUUUCCACCUCUCCUGCGCUUGCACAACCUUACGCUGAAGAACCCGAGAGUCUCAAUGAUAGCCAGGAGGCAUUCUACCCAGACUUUCUCAGUCCCACAGAGAAUUUUACCAGCGAUCUGAGUGUCCAUACAUCUCCAAGUGCAGAUAUCAUGUCCAACACUCUGGCUGCGGACGGAACUGUAGAGCCUAACGCCUGGCAGCACGAUGGUAUUGUGGACCGGAGUGUAUGGGGCCAUGUAUCUCCAGUCAAUGGUGUGAUCUCACAAAUCAAUACAGAGCCAUCGCAGAUCAUGGCGGUCAAUACCAGGAGCGAUCAAUCAAAGGACCCCAGCGAUCAGGAUCAGACAAGGCUGGAAAAGACUCCGCGCACACCGCAGUCUCGCUCACUCAACACCAACGCAAUAAAUGACAACUUGAGCGUUCCGGUAGGGCCUGACUCAGACCGAGCCCAAAGCCCCAUUGUUAAGAUCGAGAGUUACUCUCGAGGGGAUUCGCCAGUCAGAUAUGACUCUCUGACUGAACGCCGGCGGAGUCUGUCGUUCACACACUUGGCACCUAACGGACUGACCACCGACUUAGUAGUCAAUGAGCUUGAGGAGACUAACGGGGGCCUAAGUCCGGGUUGCUCAACGAUCUCCCGAACGCACAAUGGGUCAUGGAUAACAAACACAGUGACAGGCCAGGCGGGUGUGGAACCAUCAGCUCGAGUGGAUAUUUAUAUAUCCAGUCCGAACGAAUUGGAGGCCCGGCGGCGGCUGGAAGAAAAGAAUGCUGAUAUCCAGUCAUGGUCAGCUUCCGUGAGUGCUGCGAACAGUGAUGCAGAGGAUGAAUUUACUCCCAUCCGGGGUCGGAAGCGUUAUCUCGGCGCUCGACGCAGGGCGAAAAGUGCCGGCCAUCCUUCUCUGCCACAGGACUACUUUAAUCUCAAGUCCCGCUUUUUAGAGCCGGUGGUCCCAGGACCUGGUAUUCUUCUUCACGAGAGCAGUGACGAGGAGCUGAGUGAUUAUCGAUCAAACGACGAUAGCAAUUCGGACUCACCUGCAGUCAAUGCGUAUGGAGCAGUGUGGGCUGGGGAAGGCCUAGAGACCGUUCCUAGCGCCGAGCAGGACAGGCUUGAGGACGGGGAGCCAUCACCUCAUCAAUUCUUGAGAGCGCCGCCGUGGCAGGACGUUGAUUGUGACUCGGAUCCUCAACAAACUCGUGUCCAGCCUCAAAGCUCCAGCGAAGCGAUGAUGGAAUACCAGCGACGAGUAAAGGACCUCGACAAUGCAUCUCGUGCGGCUACCUGGGGCACACGACAUUUGAACGAUGCCGAGGUCAACGGUAUCAUAGGUACUGGCGGCUUCUUCGAGAACUUAACUAUCAGCGAUGGUAAGGAUAAGAAGCAUGAAAGGAAAAAUAGCCUUCUGAAGUAUCUGCCGCGAAACCGUUCUCAGCAACUUAAGAGACGACUAUCGGAAUUAUCCAUCAUUCCUCUGAGCGUCGACACUGCUGGUAAGGGAGUUGAGUUAACAAGCCCUCCCGUGAGAAAAGACCAUUUCCCUAAUCGAAAAUUGAGUCUCGGUCGCUCUAAGUCUCCUAGCCUGAGUACCAGUGGUGCUUUUAUUGCAAUCGCCGGUCAAAUGGCUGCCAUUGGAGGCAAAGAUUCGCUUCGUGCUGCCUCCCCGAAUUCGACACUGAGCCCGUGGUCAAAUUUGAAAGGACGUGGGCGAAGCAGAAGCGAGCUGCCAAGAGCGUCGUCACCUGGGUUGAUCGACUUGAUGACGAGUCAUGGUGGGCCUCCUGUUCCCAACCUCGCAUACUCAACUCGAAUGAUUGACCACAGUGUGCACCUGCAAGGGGCGUCUCAAGGUCAUGCUAACGGCGACGAUGAGGAUGAUGACCGGCCAGACGUGAAGGGCUUGGUGAUGCAUUUCCCGGUGCAGUCCCGGCUACCAGUUCCGACACUGGAUGGCUUCAAGUCCCAGAUCACCGAAUUGAAUCCCCGGCUACCUUCAGCGUUAGUUGAGCGGUUCGCCCACGAACAGCUUCGCCGAUAUCGCAAGUUAGUCGAUGCUAAACAGAAACAUCGCCUUGAUUUAGAUGCGCAGAAAUGCACAUCAGGCUCAUUCUGCUUCGCACAAGGUGGUCAAGCCAAGCUUCUUGCAUCCUGCGCUGCCCUUCACGAUUCGGACGUAACGAACACGCAAUCCAAUACUUCGAGUUUUGAUAAGACUGGCGAUGACACUCAGAGACUAGGAGAAAGCGCAGUGACUGCAGCACAAUUUCCUUCAGGCGUGCCUUUGCCACCAGUCCACAGACUGCCCGCCGAAUUCGAGUGCCCUAUCUGUUUCCAAGUGAAGAAAUUUCAGAAGCCUUCUGACUGGACCAAGCAUGUUCACGAAGAUGUCCAGCCAUUUACCUGCACCUUUCCUCAUUGCACAGAACCCAAGUCAUUUAAACGCAAGGCCGACUGGGUCCGACAUGAGAGCGAGCGACAUCGCAAAUUAGAGUGGUGGACAUGUACAGUACCGGAUUGCCAUCAUACUUGCUAUCGGAAGGAUAACUUCGUGCAGCACCUCGUUCGAGAGCACAAGAUGCCGGAGCCAAAAAUGAAAAAGCCAAAGAGCGCAGCCCCCAGUAGAAAACCAAAUGACCCAGCAAAUCUCACGACGGAUGCACGAGAAGACGACACCCGCGGACAAGAGGUUGAGCAGCUUUGGGAGCUUGUGGAAAGGUGCCGACAUGAUACCCGCAGGGGCCCGAAGGAUGAACCAUGCCGUUUCUGUGGGAAUGUCUGUAGUAGUUGGAAGAAGCUCACAGUACACCUGGGCAAACACAUGGAACAGAUCGCAAUGCCUAUUUUGGGUCUCGUAACCCAAAGAGAAGUGUCGCUCAAUGGCAGUGUUAGUGCCAACAGCAUGUUAGAUACUCAUGCGCCGACUUCAAUGUUGAUCGCGCACGCACCAGCCUCUUUCCUCUCGCAGUCGAAUGCCAUAGACACAGCGAGCUCAGACGGGGCAUUAAGCCACGCACAGGCACCAGGUGCCAGCCGGAUUGCCGAUGGGCAGGAUUCUGUAGAGCCUACGAUGGCUCUGAGUGCGGCAUGUUCGGCCAACCCGCCGACCAUGUCGGGCGGAUGGAUUUCUGCCGAGCCUGAGUCAAUGGACGCGCAUCAUGACUUAUCGACAUCAGGUUACCUUUCAAGCCUGCCAGGGGAAACUGCAGAUCAGUCCCCGUUCAUGGCCACGCAUCAGAAUUCGGUUACGUAUCCACCCCCCUUUAACGCCGGCCCCCGGGUAAGGGUGGUCAAUCCUGAAAUGAAUGUGCUGCAGGAUUCAUAUGUAUUAAGCAUGUCGCCCACUGAAAUGCAGCCCACCUUUACUGCGCAGGCCCCAAUGAAUCUGUCAUCGUCUGGGGAGGAUCGGCAUGGCUUGCCGGGAUUUGUACCUCCGACGAUUCCUUUUGUUGCUGGAGGUUACGGCGAGGGACUCUGAUGGCGAAAAGGCAGGUAUCAUAGGAAAACCCUCAAAACAUCUUUGCGUACAACUCUGGUGUCAUUUAAUUGGUGGGAAUAACGGAGAUACCCCCACACAUUGAUUCUUAUUUCUGUUUAUUUGGAAUUCUUUCAAUUAAUUUCGGAUGUUGACUGUCAAUUUGAUCUAUCUGGAUAACUUGUAUAAAGUGAAUACACGGACAAUCUG